AUGGGUAAAGCGGACAAAAAUGCAAGUGAAAGUUCAGUCGAUUCGGAUGCUGCUAAACCUCCUACCAAAAAAUCAAAAAGGAAAAGUAAGGUUUUGUUGAUGUCUUGUUGUUGUUUUAGGCUUUUACUCCAAGGUUGAUCAAGUUUUUGUUCAAGUUUUAUGUUCAACAGUUUGUAAAAAUAAGUUUCCAUGCUUUUGUGGCAUAUUUUUAUUAUUAUGUGACAUUAAUUUGUAUAUAGAAUAGUGUUUUAGGUUCUAAACCGAAAAGCCAGAAGACGACCGUGAAACAGAAGCUUGAGAAAGUCAAAAACUUCUUCAAACGGUAAGUUUUUAAUUGCUAGUUUCAUUUUUUAGCUCAACUGUUCCUUAGUUAAUGUGUAAUGGUCUUCAAUUUCGAUUGAUAAUUUCUUAUAUUAUACUUAAACCUUAUCGAAACUACAUGACAAUAUUGAACCUUUUAGCAAGAAGAAAGGUGACGAAAAGCAAGAAAAGUCAGAAGCGAAGUCUGAAAUGAAGUCUUUGAUUUCCGAAAGUUCUGUGGAGCAAUCAGAACAAAACUCGGGACCGAUGCAGCAAGUUCAAAAGCAGCCGACUCCACCUGUUACGCCAACUACAUCUAUGAAGAUGAAGCGAGGAUCCUGUGAGUUUCCAUCCUGUAGCAAGAAGGAGCUCAAAAAGGAUAAGCAAGCGAGCAAAGUUACAAGGGUAAGUUGUGUUUUAGGACUUGAACUUGAAUGUUUUUGAAAUAAGUUUUUUGAUAUUACUUUAGACUUUAAUUUAAAACUUGUAUAAUUUUAAGAUACGUAACUAAAAAUUAGUACUUUGAUUCGAACUAUUCUUUAGCAUAAUGCAAAGAAUUUAAUUUUCAGAGCAAAAAGUCUUCAGAAGUCCAGUCACCAUCGUCAGAAAUAACAAAAUCAGCUGAAAAGAAGGAAUCGCCGUCAGAGGAGUUUAAAUCGAGACAUUUCAAAAACUUUAUCAAUAGAAUGCCGACUAAAUACGAUGGAACAGACAAACAGAAAGCGGUCAGAGUCAUAAGAAAGUCAAAAAGAAAGCAUUCCAAGAAUGGUGAGAAGGAUCAGAAAAGUGGCAAAGAACAAAAGAGUGAAGAGCUAAAAGGAAGUAAAGAACUUACUGAACCUAAGCCACCACCACCCAAAAGAGUCGAGGUAGGUGGCUUUAAUGAUCAAAAAAUUAUGUAGAAAUAGUGAUCAAAGAGUUAUAUAAAAAAUUCCUGUUUAAAAAGUUGUAGCACGAUUAAUAUGCCUUCAGGGCUUUUAAGGUAAACUAAGAAGGGCUUUAUGAUGAACCUAAUCAAUUUCAUAAAACCCCUGAACCGUUUUUAACCCCUAUAAAUUCAGAUGGCCCUGAAUAAGGAUGACAUUGACGCCAUGAUUAGAAAGCUGACUCCAGAACAACUUGAUCCAGACCCCAAUGUCUACGACCCUCCGGAUAUGACCGACGAAGAGCUGGAUAAACGUUCCGAAAACUUGUUCAGCUUGGAACGGUGCAAAAUCAACUCGGCUGUGACGUAUUGCCUGAUGGCAGAACACGAAUUCACCGACGCGAAACCAGAACCAGAUGCCAAGAAUCCGAAGUUUGCGGACAAAAUCAUGAGAAGAACCUACAAUGUGGUAAAACUCAAUCGUAUCAGGGACGAUGAGUUUGCUCUAGUGGAUCUGAAGUCUCUACCAACCAAAAAAGAAGGAAGUAGUGAUGAGAAAUCUGACAGUUCGGAAAAAACAACGUAA